AUGCAAUCACGGCGACCCACUUACCAGGUCCGACCCGGAGUUGCUGCUAGACAAGUAGCGUGAAACCUUUAAACUGGACGUGGCUACCCUGAUAAAGAAGUCAGCCGACUCUUUGAAAGCCUUGGUGGAAUCCCUGGGACAACAACUACAGUCCUUCGAUGGCCGGCUAACUAAAACAGAGACAUUGGUGGGGGACAACUUCGCCAAACUCGCGCUAGCCGAGACCCAGGUGGAGCUUCUCCAAACACAGAACAAGGAGCUGCUGGACCGGGUGGAAAGUUUGGAGAACAAUGCCAACAAGUCCAUGCUGAGAGUAGUCGGCAUACCUGACGUUUUCCCUACUCCCCCAACACUGGACUAUGUGUACCAUUCUGGAAGAAAGACGAACCAGAAGAACCAAGUGAGACCCAGAACCACGGUUGUCUGUUUCCACUACAUGCAGGAGAGGGAGAGAGUGGCGAAAUGGUCCCACAAACAUGAAUGCUGGUUCCGAGAUACCCAGCUGCGAUUCUACACGCACAACUGUGGCUUUGGCGAAACGAUGCGCUGCUUACAAACCGAUCAAGAAAUCCCUGUAUGA